AUGGACGGAAAAGAACAAACCAAUCUCGUGAACAAGUUGACGCAGUUGGAAAUCGCAACAGAGAAGUCGAAGACACUGCUGAGAGCAGGUUGGCGGCUCCUUACUGACUGGCCGAAAUUUUGGGGACAAUUUUCUGAGGCGGUUGACAAAAGUUCACUAGCACCAAUGACGAAAUUCACGUAUCUGCUAGAGCUGCUAGAACCGAAGGUGAAGCGUAGUGUCGAGUCUCUUCCCUUUGGGCUCGAGGGUUAUAAUAGAGCAAAAGCUAUUUUGAAAGAGAAAUUCGGCAAGGAGUCGGAAAUCGAGAAAUGUUACGUGAAUGAGGUUUUGGAUUUACCAAAUAUUUCGGGAACCAACCCUCGUAAGAUUGCUAACUUUUGUGAUAGACUUACACACUCUGUUCAAGCACUUGAGACUAUGGGGAAACUUAGCGAUAUAAACGGGUACGGACCAAUGACUCUAGAUAAGAUAUCGGGAAUUCGAGGGGAUUUGAUGCGUGAUGACCCUGAGUGGGAAUCCUGGGAUUUCGUAAAGUUAACGCAUGCCGUAAACGAGUGGGUGAGGAGAAACCCCGUAACUAACUCUAGCGGGGAACGCGAGGAAAGCAGCUCGAGGAAAAUGUUCCAAUCUCGAAAGGAAAACCAGCGUUUCGUGCCCAUGCCCAAGGGAUGUGUUUACUGCAGCGAUUUAAACCAUAAAGCCGUACAAUGCGAGAAAAUUAGUGAAGUAAACGAACGAAAGAAAAUCCUAUCAAAAAAGGGGCUUUGUUUUAAUUGCGCCAUGAAACCCCAUCGCGCUGCUGAUUGCACCAGUAAAUCUGCCUGCGGACAUUGUAACAAACGUCAUCACACUUCCAUUUGCGAUCAAACUGAGCAGCACGCUUCCGGAGAUAAGAAGUUGAUGACGGAUGGUGGCAGUGGUGAGGGCAUAUUUCCUGUAGUCGUGAUUAAAGUAAAUGGAUUAAUUUGCCGUGCGUUAAUAGACUCUGGCGCCGGGAGCUCUUACGCCUCAGCUCAGCUAAUUAACACACUUGUCAUCAAGCCGAGUGAAAUUAAAAACCAACAAACUGAUAUGCUCUUGACAUCACGCAAGGCAAAAGUUGAGUUAUAUGACGUAAAAAUAACUUCCCUCGACGGAAGAUACGAAAUGGUGACGCGAUUAAGCAAGGUUGAUAAGAGCGAGCUUCUGUUCAUCGAAAACCCCGAGUACGAAAAGUUGAUAAGGCAACACCUUAGCGAGGUACAUAUGGAUGAUCACUCCACGAAAACCCAAUUACCCAUCCACGUCAUCCUCGGAAGCGGCGACUAUGCCCGAAUAAAGACAGCUACGAAGCCUCUCAUCGGGAGAGAAGGAGAUCCAGUGGCAGAGAGAACUAAGCUUGGAUGGAUGAUUCUAAGUCCUGGGACCGAGUUCGAGAAAACGAAGAUGCUCAUGACGCAGACCUCACAAGUAGACUUCGACAAGCUAUGCCGUCUGGACGUACUUGGUAUCGCAGACAGUGCAGAAAACGAUCAGCUUCCUGUGUACCAAGAAUUCCAGGAACAACUCGAGCGAAGUUCUGAGGGAUGGUAUGAAACGGGGCUCCCGUGGAAACCAAAUCACCCCCCUCUGCCUGCCAAUGAAAUGGGGAGUAAACGACGAUUGGAGAAUUUAGUAAAGCGACUAAAUCCAGUGACGAAAAAGACAGCCAGUGAAAUCUUCGAAGACGCCAAAUUCAGAUUGCACAAAUGGCACUCGAAUGUGAAAGAACUUGAGAGCCCAUCAACGAAUGACGACGAAGUCACGUUCGCAAAGCAAGAGCUCGGUGAUGAGAAACCGCAGACCAAACUUCUGGGCCUCCCAUGGGACAAGUCGACAGACCGAGUAGGUGUUACGCUCAGUUGUGGGGAACAUGGGACGACCAAAAGAAGUGCGUUAUCCCAACUUGCGAGAGUAUACGACCCACUCGGAUUGGUAUCGCCAAUGACGUUGCAGGGAAAGAACCUUUUUCGAGACAUGUGCGAGGCUCGUCUUCCCUGGGACGGUGAACUGCCUGAGACAACGAAACAACGCUGGGAGGAGUGGUGCAAAGGACUGCCUCGAAGCUACGAAGUUCCGCGUUCCUUAGCUCCGCAUCAAGAGCCAGUGUCAGCCAUCACACUACAUGCCUUUGGCGAUGCGAGUAAGGUCGGAGUGUCGGCCGUGGUCUACGCGGUUGUGGAGCAGGAACAUGGAACCACACAAGGCCUGGCAUGCGCCAAGUCACGAGUGGCGAAGCAUUCCACAGUAGCGCUCUACUGCAUUAACGGUCAAGGCGAAUAUCGCCAGUUCGUUGCAAACCGAGUGGCCAAGAUUCAAGCACAUACACGAGUGGAAUGGCAUCAUGUACCGACGAAACAGAAUCCCGCAGACGUGGGUAGUCGUGGUGGAAGUGUCGUUGGAAACGAACUGUGGAGUAAUGGGCCCCAAUGGUUAAAAGAUCCUACCAAAUGGCUGCCAAAACAAGUGCUCGAAGCUACGCGAGAGGUGAAAGACGAGAUAAAACCGACGAAGAAUCCACAAGCCUUGACAACGGUGAGACGACCAAUAAGCCCCGAUAGCCUUGAAGGACUGCUCAUCAAGUUUUCCCUGCGAAAAGUGCUUAGAAUUUGCGCCUGGAUCAAUCGGUUCGUGAAGAAUUGUAUGGUGACCCGUAAAAACCGGAAAAUGGGACCGCUAGUGUCAGAAGAGAUAGAAGAUAGCGAGUUGUGGUGGAUAAGAAGAGCGCAAAGUGAAGUCAAGGAGGGUCCAGAGUUCAAGGAUAUACGGCAACAAUUGAACAUACAGCUUAAUGAAAGCGGAAUUCUCAAAUGUCGCGGUCGGAUUGACGAAGAUUACCCCAUGUACCUACCCCGUAAUUCCACCUUCACGAAAAAGGUAAUCGAACGAGCGCAUCUGGCAACACUCCAUGGUGGGGUCGCUAUGACCAUGGCGAAAGUACGUGAACGGUUUUGGAUACCAAAGUUGAGACGGUUGGUGAAACAGGUGCGAAAGGCUUGCCACAGGUGCGUAAGAUUUCGAGCUCGAGCGUAUGAGAAGCCACCACCUGGUAAGUUGCCAACAACAAGGACGCAAGGGUCAACACCGUUUCAAGUAGUUGGGGUGGAUUUCGCGGGGACCAAUACGAUACCGUACAAAAGCAAAGGCGAAGAGAAAGGCGUACCUUGUGCUAUAUGGGUGCAGUUUAACGCAACCAGUACAUCUCGAGAUCUUGCGUUCAAUGGAAGUAGCAGAAUUCAUACCAAGCUUAAAAAGAUUGAUCGCGAGACGUGUCGUGCACCGUGGUGGGAAGGCCAAUUCGAGCGUCUUAUUGGUCUGUUCAAACAAGCGUUCUACAAAACGAUCGGCAAUGGAAUACUGACAUUGGAGGAGUUAGAAGAAGUGGUCUUGGACUUCGAGAUUGCUCUCAACAAUCAGCCGUUGACCUACCUCGAGGACGACAUUCAAUUACCAGUAAUAACCCCAUGCUCAAUGCUGAGCAUUAACCCCAAUGUCCUACCAGAAGUCGACGCCCACAAUCUGGGAGAUAGUGAAUUGCGCAAAAGAGCCAGGUUCUUACGAAGGUGUAAAGAAGCGAUGUGGAAUCGUUGGAUGAAAGAAUACGUCCGCAGUCUGCGCGAACAGCACAAACAACGAGUCAGUGGACAGAAAUCCUACCCAAAGAUCGGCAAAGUUGUCAUGAUUAAAGAUGAAGACAAAAGACGUAACGUGUGGAAACUCGGCGACCUCGAGCGAGCAGUCCAGCAUAUCUACCCGUUGGAGUUGUCCUGCGACAGAAAGAAGUGGAGCCCUAACCCCGAAGCACCAAUCUUUACCCCUCGCCCCACCCAAGACGCAGCAAUAGCAGCGAGGAUACGGUUGAAGCAAGACGCAGAAGUGAAAGAAGACUAG